AUGCAAACUAAUGAUCAUAUUGCUUAUAGAACUCCUGAUACCGAUGUGCCUUUCUAUAUCCCAUUAUUAUUCAAACAUAAUCCAUUUUACAAUAAUAAAUCACCAAUACCAGUUCUCAUACAUGAUUUAAGUAUACAAAUUCGACAAUCAAGGUUUAUUUGUGAUAAUUAUUACAAGGGAUCUAAUACUCAAUGCCUAUUUCUUGGAAAUAAUCCGGUAAAUGAGAUUUAUGUGGUGGGCAAAGUCUCAUCAUGGAAAUUGAAAUGGAUAAAAAACAGGGAUUACUUAUUCUUUAAAUUAGAUGAUUGCACACCAAUUAUAGACUCAGAGGAAAAUGCUGCAGAGUUGGUAUUUAAAUGUCCUAAGGACACAAUUAUGGAAAACUUCAUAGCGACUACCAUGCCUGAUAUUUCUGGUCUUGUACUUAAUGUGAUAGGAACCGCACAAAUCCAAACUAAUGAAAUUGAAGUACGAAGUAUAGUAACUUUUGAAAGCUUUCUAGAAGAGAUAUCAUUUUGGAAUGAAGCUAUGAAACAAAGGAAGCUGUUAAAUACGCCCUGGAUAAUCGACCCUAUGAUUUUGGAACCAUAUUUUUUGACACAAGAAAAUAGUAACAAUAAGUCAUCUCCUCUUAAAAUACAUACACCUCGUAAGCAUAAGAAGGGCGAAAACUUUACAUACAUCGAACAAUUGCAAGAUGAGAACCUUAGAGAUGAAUUGGAAAUUACUAGUCCAUAUUUCUCAAGUGAUCCGUCCUUCAAUUUCGGAUUCACUAAUCCUCCAUCAAUCGAGGAAGAGACGACCGAAUUUGAAUUAAUAGAGGCAAGCCAAUCUCGAAUUGAAAAUAAACAAAUUGGUAACAAAUUAGUGUUUUCGGAAACUAGAGUCCCUCCUAUUAAUGUGUGUAACCAAGCCAAGUUCAGAUCACUACUUUUACAAAAUUUAAUGAUCUUGUCCACACAAUCUAUAAGUCUUGUGGAAUUAUAUCAACUACCAGAUUUUCGCUCGUGUAUUGAAGCGAUAACAAUUCAGCAGUUCCAACAACAAUCUUUAAGUGAUCUCAAAACUGUGGAAGAAAUUAAAGCAGGAAUAUUUUAUGAUUAUUUAGAAAGAUUAACCAAAAUGGGGCUUAUAACCAUAUCAACUCAUGGUAAUUUAAUUGAUCUGAAAUCUUUGAAACAAUUGUCCCGGUAUUGUCAGAGGAGAUUGUCCACAUUGAUUAGAUUGCAAAGUUUAUGCAUAAACGUAGAUUACAACUUUAUCAGACAAAAACUUAAAAUCUCGAACCUAACAAAACUUGCCAUAAUCAGUAUUUAUAAAGAGACAAUUAAAGUCUUUAUCAAAGCAUCACCUUCACUACUAAAAUCAUGGUGGAUAGACCUGAAGAACGAUACUAUUGCAUUGAUUCAUUUGGAAUACUCCUAG